UUUAAAAUUUAGGGUUUUCAGUUUUUUUUUAAAAAAAAUAAAUCGGGAUUUUUAAAAAUCUUUAAAAAAAAUUUGAAAAUACUUUCAAGAACUCCAGAAAUUUGAAAAUAAAUUUUUUAAAAAAUUUGUUCACUGCGGCGGGGCGGGGCGGGACGGGUUUCACCUAAAACCCAUCUCCAUCCCCAUCCUCAUCCCCACGGUGGGUAUGAAUUUUAUACCCGUACCCGCCCCAUAACCUAUCAAACCGGGACCCAUCUCCGCCCCGCCUGCAUCCCUAGAAACAAAGAAGUGAAGAACCUCUCAAAAUAGGACAAGAAGGGGACAACUGCCAAGAGUGCACAAGCGGUGGUGACUACUGACGUCAAAGAAAAGCAAAUGUGGCGCCUUGACAGAGUCUUCUUUUUAUUUCUUCACUUUUCUAACAAUUCUCAGGAGAAUAUUUAGAGAGAGAAACAAAUCAAGAUAUCAGAAUUAGAGAGAGAGAGAGUGUAAUAAUAAUGGGGCAAUCAUCGUCAUCAGAAGCUUCAACAUUAUCAAUGGAGGAAAGAGAAUUGGAGUCCCAAGCAGCUUCAACUGGUUCUCUUCCUUUGCUUAAAAACUCUUUUUCUAAACUCUCUGAUCCCACAUCUAACUCUAUUCCUCUUUCUGCUCUUCAGGAAUGUUUUGCGCUAAAGUAUACCACUAUAAGUUGCGAAGGAGUCGAUUUGCCCGAUUGCUUUCAGGAACUUUUGGGUCAGAUUGCCACCUCUAUAACAGAUACACUUUUUGUACCUCAGAAAGGAGGGGUUACAUGGAUGGAGUUUGUAAGAGGAUUUGUUAAAGGUUGUGGAAGGAUGUCAACGUCGUCGCUGUUGAAUAUCUUGUUGCGGGUGCUUGUUUUAUCUGCUGAUAGAGCUGGCUGUCCAAUGAAUUUACAUUUUGAUUCUGAUGAAGUGGAUAGCAAGAUAAGUGGAUCUAUUUCACCUCGUGACUUUGGAAUGAUUAUUUGGGCAUGCUGGAUUAUGUCCUUGAACUCGAGGAGUCAAAAGCGUACUGUGGAAAGCGACCAUGUGGUUGUUCCUGAUCUUAACCAUUUGGUAUUGUCAGCUGUUGUUUCAUGCAUGGACAAUAGUAACGAUGUUGAUGUAUGGGAUAAUGAUGUUCUCCGUCUUGAAGCUGAGCUUAAUGCUGGGAAGAUACAUAUGUGGGCUAUAAGAACGGUUCCGAAUCUUGCAGAAUGUUUUUCAAAUUUCAUUAGUUCUAGACUCAAAGCUGCAACUUUUGAGAAGCCUAGUGAAGCGGAAACUUCAAGUACAGAAAAUUCUUCUGCAAAGGCAUGUCACUUUCAUCUUCUGACAUCUGUAAGGGCUUGGGCGAUUUCUCUUUCUCAAAGAAGUGAUGCAAGCGAGGAGCUCUUGAAAAUAUGCUUCCCUAGCAACUUGGAUGUAAUAGAGGAUAGCCUUCUUUAUCGGUCUUAUGUUCAUGGGAAAGGGCUAAACAGAUUUUGGUCGAACGUUGAAGGUUAUCAUGGACCGUCACUUCUACUGUUGUCUGCCACUUCCGGUGAAUCGAGCCUGAACAGCAGGAAAUGGAUCAUAGGAGCCCUAACACAACAGGGUUUUGAAAACAGAGAUGCAUUCUACGGCAGCGGGGGCUGUCUAUAUUCUAUAUAUCCUGUCUUUCAUAUUUUCUCAGCACCUGGAACGGAGCAUAACUACGUGUAUAGUCACUUGCAUCCGCCUGUUAGAGUAUAUGAGCCGCAUCCAAAGCCUGUUGGGCUAGCAUUUGGGGGAACUAUUGGGCAUGAAAGAAUAUUUAUUGACGAGGACUUUGCAAAGGUUACUAUUCGACAUCAUGCAGUUGACAAAACAUACCAACACGGUUCUCUUUUCCCCGAACAGGGUUAUCUCCCAACUGAAGCGUCUGUGGUGGACGUUGAAGUUUGGGGAUUAGGCGGUAAGAGAGCAAAGGAAAUACAAAUUUUAUACAAGAGAAGAGAAGACCUUUUCACAGAGCAAAGGCGCAAGGUUGACUUGAAGACGUUUGCUAGUUGGGAAGAUUCACCAGAAAAGAUGAUGAUGGACAUGAUGGGUAAUCCAAAUGCUGUCGGACGUGAGGAACGGUAAUUUCGAGUCCGAAAUCAGAUUCAGAUCUCUGUUCUUUUGCAUAUAUUAUAGGAAAUAAUGUAUCAUCAAAUACACUUUUCUGUUCUCAUUUGAUUUUAUUUUGUACAUAUUACUGUACUAAACAAGAUGUAUGCAUUUCUGAGUUCUAUCUAUGGUCUCAAUUAUUUCUUA